AUGUCGGCCAAGCUCGGAGGUCUAACUGAUGCCGAAGUUAAAGCAGAAUUAACCAAAACGAUAAUGAAAUGUACAAAAGAGGUUCCUGUGGAUGUAUCGGAGCUGUUACAACUGCAGUUACUAAAAGUGCCAAAGAAAACCGAGACUAAGUGCCUUCUGGCAUGUGCUUACAAAAAUUUGAAAAGCCUGAAUGAAAAGGGUAUGUAUGACAUAGAACACGGUUAUAAACUUGCUGAAAUGACCAAAAAUGGGGAUGAAAAAAGGUUGCAAAAUGGCAGAAAACUGGCAGAUAUUUGUAGUAAAAUUAACGACGUUGAGGUAAGCGAUGGCGACAAAGGAUGCGAAAGAGCGGGACUUUUGUUUAAAUGUGUCGUUGAAAAUGCUCCCAAGGUACAAAAUGUAUUUUUCAACUUACCUAUUUUCCUAUCCUAA